CACGAAUUUGUUAUUAUUUUUACAAAGUAAUUUAUUUUAAUUUUAAGUAAUCACUGUUACAUUUUAAGAUUUUGAGUAAGUGUAGGGUUGUUAGAUUUAAAUGUUUGUUUCUUGUAUAUAAUAUUAGAUCAUGAGUAUUCAGGUUUGUAGGGACACUUCAGACGCUGUGGCCUUAUAUUCGCCACAGCGUUUGUAUCUAAAACCUUUCGCAAAAAUAAACAUUUCUAUCCAGCUUCCCUCGCACAAGGUUCACGGCAAGUCUAUUUCCAAUUGGGAAUUGAUGGAAAAGUUGCGGAAAAUGAUCCAACCUGAUAGUUUUUCAUUGUUAAAAGUGUCAAAAAAUAGUUCGGAAGUGAUAAGAUUUGAGGCAGAAUUAGAGAAUCGUCUUAAACUAGAUCGGGUUCUUUCGCGGCUGGAGAACCGUGUAAUACAACUUAAUGAUUAUCCUGAUCCGUUAAAAGUGCGUGUAAGUGAAGAGAAGUCAGAAUUUCCAAGUCGACAUUCUUGGGAUUCAUUUUUUCGCGAUGCCACUGAUAUGGAUGAAAUGAAACCGGGAGAGAGGCCUGAUACUAUUCACAUUAUGAAUCUUCCAAUAGCCUGGUUCAUUCAUGAACAGGAUAAGAAUGACGAAUCUCCUCCAUCAGAAAGUAUAUUUAAGAAAGCAUUUGAAAAGUAUGGAUCUAUAAGACAAGUAGAUGUACCUGCUUCUGAUCCAUUCCGUAUGCAGAUGAAAGACACAAUGAGAGGCAUCACAAUACCUCCUCAAGAUCAAGCCCUAUUCUUUGAAGGCUAUUUACAGUUCAGUGAAUAUGUCGGUUUUGUUAGAUGCAUGGAUGCUUUAAGGGGAAAGAAAAUACUGAGGAAGAAUGAUGACUUGUCUGAAUGGUGCAAAAUCAGAGUGGACUUUGAUAAAACAAAACAUAUGACUGAUGCAUCUGUAAAGAGGAGGGCAAUUGUUCGUGAGAGACUUGCUGCCAGACAGAGAGCAAAAGAUGAAGAGGAAAAACAAGAAAAAGAAAGAAUAGCCAAACAAGAAGCAAAAGAGAGGCACAAGAUUGAGAAGAGGGAAAGAGAGAAAUUGGAGAAGAUCCGUGAAAGAGAGGAAAAGAGAAAAAAGAAACAAUUAGCCAAGUUGAUGGAGAGAGAUAAUAUUGAUGUUAAUAAGAGAAUCUCUGAAGAACAAAAGAAGUUACUCAAAGUACAGAAGAAAUUGCAAGCGAUAAGAUUAAUUGAAGAGUUGUUUCAGAGAAUAGAGUUACGUCCGGAACUACACCGCAAUAGCACACGCGAUGUGCGGUACUACGAAGGGAGCGAGCGAGCAGCGCGCGCUCGAAUCGUGGACAGAUACAAGCGCCAACAGGAAAAGAUACUGGAAGAGCAGCAGGAGCAACUGUCACACAUAUUAGAUGGUCGUAUAAUAAUCCGUUCCGCUUUGGAGACGAAGCAGCCUAAACGUGACUCGUCUGCCAGCUCGAUAUCGUCAGAUGACCGUAAUGAGAAGAGAGUCAAAACAGAGAAGCAUGCCUCACCCGAACGGGAACGGGAACAUGAAUACAAACAUCCAGGCGUGUAUAGCGUACCCAAUCCAUACAGCUACGGGUUUCCGUUCCCGCCGACGCCGCACGGCUUCUACCCUCAAACGUCGCUGUACUAUCCGGUGCGCGGCGCGUACUUCUCGUCCCCCGCGCCCCACAACUACGGGCCCCGGCGAGGGCCUCGGGGCCGGGGCCUCCGAGGUCGCGGGCCCCGCUUGCCGCACUUCGAGGGGCCCUCCGCCACGCAACAUUACUACCAAUAUUUCAAGAAGCUGAACGAAGCGGAGAACCGAGUAGAGAGGAGAAUAGAAAAUGAGGAACGGUCGCGGUCACGAUCGCGGUCAAGGUCGAGGCGGAGGUCAUACUCGCGGUCACGGUCGCGGCGGCGGUCAUACUCACGGUCACGAUCCCGCAGCCGCCGCUCCAGAAGUCGCCGCCGCUCCAGGAGUCGCCGCUCCAGGAGCAGGAGCAGACGAUCACGGUCACGGAGUAGAAAGUCCAGAUCUCGUCACAGCCGUUCACGAUCCAGGCGGAACAGUUCGAAGCGACGUUCCAGGACUCGAUCCAAAACACGCUCAAAGUCCAAGCAUCGAACUCCUGAACCCAAGAGUAUUGAUCGUCAGCUUGUGUCGCCGACAGACAAAGUGCGCUCCAGAAGAUCUAAGAGCUGGUCUAUGCCUAAAGAGGGAGAGACAAGGAGAUCCUUUUAGAUUUAAGAGUAAUAAAGUUUAUUAUUUACUAUA